CUCCACCUUUAACAUUUCGGCUCUCGGGCAACAAAACGUGGUUUUGAAACAACAAAGUAUUUAUUUUGCAAAAUCGGCUAAAAUUCGUUACCGUUCGACGGUUUAGUGCAGUGCGUCGGAAUCGGCAUCGUCGCGGGGUUUCCGGUGUGCUAAAGUGCUUCGAAAUCGGUCACGUACGGCCACGCCAGGAUCGAUUGAAAUAUUUGCACCUCAUUCUUCGAUUUUUGACUUGAGUCUGGUGCUCCGAAGAAAGUGUGUUUCGAACAGUGCAGCCUGCUGGGCAGUGUAUGUGUGUGAGCGGAAGAGACAGAAGAGUUCUACACGGUUUCAGAGGAUCCAAAAAUUGUAGUGAAGCGUGAAUCAAUGUUCUGAAGGAAUGCUUGAAAUCGUUUAGCGAGAGUGAUUGGGUUUUUGCUAAUUUAAGUAGGUUAUAGUGGCCUGUUUCGAUCCCUUGCAGUGUGUGGUGUGUUAAGCUGCCUCUCCGAGGAAAGAAGGAAUAACAGCGUACUACAUCUGGUCUCCUGAGUAGCCCAGAGUUAUGUCAUCGUGAUUCUAUUCAUAGUGAGCAAGAAGAGUAAACUAUUGUGAGUGUUGCAAACAAGCGGAACCUCGUGUUUAUCAGCCAACAUCCAAAUCCUGUAGACUGAUACAGCCCUCGUAAACAUUACUGCAGAAAACCGGGCCAGUUCCAUAACAAAGAGCAACGCAAUGGCCAAUUCCGGAACGGCAGCACGGUGCCUCCUCCUCGUCUAAACUGUGCAAGCAGUGAGGAGUGAGCAGGAUAGCGAGCGCCCCGUACAGGCCAACAUGGAGCGAAAAGAUCGAUAAAGUAGUCACAAAAACAUCAGCGCCGCGAAGAGCACGCACGAGUCGUUCGUCCGACCCGACGUCGUAGUCGUCUGCAUUACCGACCGACCCACAAUCUCUCUUCCUGCAUAUCAUCCAACUUCUGACAGUUGCGGUGCUUUGUGAAAGAGUAAAAGAGGAAGGGACAGCGCUUUUCUUUUUCUUUUCUGUUUUGUUUUCAUUCCACCUUCGAUCCACCGCAGACGCUGCUGCCAGACUUCCAUCUGCAGUUGCUUUUGCUGUUGUUAUUAUUUUGCGUGAGUUAAGUUCCCAUCACCGAGAAGGGGCUAGCUCUCGUGCACGGCGAUUAUCGUCUCUCGUCCCGUCCGCUUCCCCUCAUCCUAGUGCAGGCCACGUAGUUUGGUCUGGGCUAGAGCCGAGGAACAGCGUGGUGCACCGAGUCGAGAUCAUCUCGCCCUCGACCGAAAAGGAAGAGACGUAAAGACCGACAAACAAUACGAUCGAAAAGGCAGGCAAAACAAAGCGUAAAAAUGGCAUCACACGUUUCGACAGAAACUGGCGCUAGCAACACCAACAACAAUAACAACAACAGCUCAAGUUCAUCCUAUGCGAACGUGUUGCAGAACAUCAAAGACCAGAACCAGAAGCUGCAGCAAAAGCAGCAGAAUGAUAACAACAAGGAGAACAUUCGCAGCGAGAAGCCGGCUGGGCAGGGACCAGCUCCCGGUAGUGCACCCAAGGCUACGGACGCCCCUGUCGGCAAAGACAGUGCGGGUGCUGCCGCCUCCGGGUCCACGGUCGCUGCUGGCGGCGAAGAUGCCGAGGACGAUGCCAGCUUUGUCCCAGUAGUGUCGCACAGCAAGAGGGAUCGUCGUUCGAGGCAAAAAGCUGCUGCGGCGGCCGCUGCCAAGGGCGGCGAAGAAGCUGGUAAAGUACCAGCAAAAUCGUCCCGCCGCUCCGGUAGGGGUGGUGGAAGUGCCAACCUCGGACCCGGUCAGACGAAAGAACCAGCGGAUGCGGGCGCCACUAGUAGUGGCGGCGGCGGAGGCGGUGGUAUUCCUCCGAAAAAGGACGGCGACAAGAGGAAGUCUGGCGAGAGAAGACGGGGUGGUCGUGGAGCGCGCGCCGGUGAGCCCGAGAAGGAAGACAAAAAUCCUGACAAGGAAUCGCUGAGCGAACUGAACGCCUCCAACAAGGUUAGCAGCGAGGACGGAUCUGACAAGGAAGCACCGAAAAAGUUUGUCGAAGCACCGCUACCCAAAGUGAACGCCUGGAAGGUAACUCCAACUGUUGAACCAGCGCCAAUUCCGAUCGGUGAUCCAAAACUGGUCAAAUCCUCCGAACCAAGCUCGAUGGCGGGAGCAGUAGCUUCGUCUUCUGCUCCUGCUACCACAACCACUACUGCUGCAUCAUUAUCCCGCAAGACACCUCAGCCCCAGUCCCAGCCCCAGGAUAAGCGAGUUCUUCAACCCAAACAACAAUCGAAGGCUCCUCCACAACCCAAAGCAACUGCUCAACCAAAACCAGUCCCAGAACAACCGAAACCAGUCCCCCCUCCAGCAAAGGAGAAGAAGCGCCCUAGUCAAAAGUCGAAUUCCUUGUCCAGUAACACCGAUUGGCCAACGCUAGAUUCAAAAUCUAAUGAACCGAAAAAACAUACGACUGCUCAAGUUACCGAAUCAACGCCUCCUGGUGCAGUCGCUCCCAGCCCAUCCGUAGAGCAAGAAAAGCAAACAACCUCCAGUGAAUCAACCGCUUCUGUCGCUGUCACCAAACCAGCUCCAGGUAGCACAGUUCCUGCAGUUGCGAAAUCUCAGCCGACGCAAACAUCGGCACCGGAAGCAGCCCACGUAGAAGCAGUCACUUCCCACACUCAGCACCAAGUUCCUGCCAAACAGCACGCCACUGAGGAAGAUCACAAUCGACCGAAGAGUGCGGACUCUGGCGAUCAAACGACAAACAAUCGCAAGGGACCGCGUCCUAAGUGGGUUCCGCUGCCGAUCGAUCUGCCGAAACAGCGAGGCCGACGCGAACGAACUCCUCGUCGCCGGCGGUAUGACGAGUACGAUGAAGGUAACUGGCAUCAGGAACGACAGCAGCUUCCACGAGCCGGCAGAAUUCGUACCAGUCGGGGUGGUGGCGGACCACCACCCUCGUACCGAGGUGGUCGUGGCGGGCGGUUAUCUCGUGGAGGUCCACUCCGGAGGGGACCACUUUCGACACGUGGCGGCCAUAUUCCUACUGGGCCCCGACAUGGCGAUCGUGGACCACUGCCAGCCGGCCAACCGCUGACCAACGGCGGAGACUUCGUGCAGGAAUUCAGCGGCGUGGGACAAGCGAUCGGAAAGGAGCAGACUGCGUUCAUGAUGCCUUACCUCAGUACAUUCUAUUACAAUGGCGCACCGCUGAUUGGAAUGGAUCAGCUGAGCAUCAAGGAGUGUAUCAAGAAGCAAAUUGAGUACUACUUCAGCGAGGACAAUUUGAAACGCGACUUUUACCUCCGACGCAAGAUGGAUCCAGAAGGUUUCCUCCCAGUAACACUGAUCGCCUCCUUCCAUCGAGUACAAGCGUUGACCGCUGAUCUAAACAUUAUUAUCACCGCAAUUCAAGAGUCUGACAAAUUGGACUUGGUUGACGAUUACAAAGUUCGCACGAAAGUUGAUCCAACCAAAUGGCCAAUCGAUCCCGCGGACACUGGUACCCACCAUUUCCAAUCCAGCGUGUCAUCUACCCCUGCUGCUGCCGUGGAAGAUCCGGUUGAGGCAAAACCUGUAGUUCCGGUAGUUUCCAAAAUCUUAUCUAGUAUUCCGCCUCCGCCAAUGCCUAGGAAUUUUCGCACUCAACGAACUCAACCGCUACCGCUACAACCCGCCAUCGUCAAGGUUCCUUCGAUAGUUCCAGCAAUUCCCGUGGUACCGUUAGACACCAAAACUCCAACGACAUCGGAGUCGGAAAACUUAAACCCUAACGUGCCAGAAUUCAUCCCAUCGUUGGCCCUCAGGAAACAGUCCUCCGGUAACAUCGCCGUGCUACCUUCUCCCGCAGCUAACCCGUCUGUACCACAACCGACAGCCACUCAAAGCACGGACGAAAAAGAAAACAUUGCUCAGGACUCUGCACAGAUUCCAAAAAACGCCGACAGGAAAUCUAACUCUACAACAGGUGACCAAGACACAUCCACCGUCACCGAAGAAGCCGAACUGUGGAAAGAAGUGAAGCGACGCUCGCGCUCUGCCCAGCCCCAUCACAACGUCCAGGACGGACAAACUCCAACCCAGGACAAGAAGCGGGACACCAGGAGCAAGAGCAAGGAGCAAACAGAAGUGAGCUCACUUCCAGCACCUUCGGCGGCAGCAGCAGGAACAGCCACCGGGAAGUCCCCGGCUGCUGCAACACGGCCAUCCAAACAGAACGAAGAACGGGAGGAGCUAGAUUUCCAAUUUGACGAAGAACUUGACAUCCCGCGAGGCGGUGGCCGUGUUAACCAUUUCACCGACAACUGGUCCGACGACGAAGACAGCGACUACGAACUCUCGGAUCACGAAAUCAACAAGCUGCUCAUUGUGACUCAGUUACGCAACAAAGCACCAAAGCACGAAGGGUACGAUCGGACGGGCGAUUUCACGACGCGUGCCAAGAUUACCCAGGACCUAGAGCAGAUCAUCAACGACGGUCUGCACAACUACGAGGAAGAUCUUCUGAUGAUCAACCAGCCUCGUGGCGGCUACAAAACCGUCAACCUGAUAACGCAGGAAGAGUUCGACAAGAUUGUGCCGAAGCCGGUCAAAGUGGUUCAGGAACCACUGCCUCCUCCGCCGCCAUCAACCUUUGUCGAUUCAUCGGACUUGUUAAAUGAAAGCACGGCAAGCGCAGCCCACCGGCACAAGGCGCGCUUCUUCGCCGUCAAUAAAGAUGAGUUCGUUGAUCCGAUCACACCCCGCAAGCGCAAAACGAGGCAUUUGAACAAUCCCCCGGUCGAAAGCCACGUUGGCUGGGUGAUGGACGCCGUGGAGCACCGGCCACGUACUAUCAGUAUGGGCAGCUCGACCGGUACAUCGCCCACCGCUUCCAGCUACGGAUCAUUGCCUCAGAGCUUGCCAACGUUCCAGCAUCCUUCGCACUCUCUGCUGAAAGAGAACGGUUUUACUCAGCAGGUCUACCACAAGUAUCACAGUCGCUGCCUGAAGGAACGGAAACGCAUGGGCCCGGGCCAAUCACAAGAGAUGAACACAUUGUUCCGGUUUUGGUCGUUCUUCUUGCGUGAAAACUUCAACAAAACUAUGUACAGCGAGUUCCGCCAGAUCGCCAACGAGGACGCUACCGAAGGGUUCCGUUACGGAUUGGAAUGUCUGUUCCGGUUCUACUCGUAUGGUUUGGAGAAGAAAUAUCGCCCGCAGCUGUACGAGGACUUUCAACAGGAAACGAUCAAGGAUCACGAAAACGGCCAACUCUAUGGAUUGGAGAAAUUCUGGGCCUUCCUCAAGUACUACAAGAACGCUUCUAAGCUCUCGGUGGACCCCAAGCUGAAGGAAUAUCUGGACAAGUUCAAGUCGAUCGAAGACUUCCGCGUGCUGGAACCGCAGAUCAACGAAAUGUUGGAGGGGGUCGGAAAGCUAAAAUCUUCACCCUCCAAACGUCGACCCCGUAGUGUGUCGGAAAGUGAAGGUUUUACAGUGGUGGCUGGUCCGAGCCAUGCCAAACGGGCCCACCAUGGCGGUGCGGGUAGUGGAGCAGGACCUUCUGGGGGAUACUCCGGGGCUGGUAGUGGCGGUAGCAGUUACAAUCAGUACCAGUACAGUCGUAAAAGAUGUGAUUCAGCUGGUAACAGAAUGAUCGAUGGUACCAACCGACCGGGGCCGUCACGCGUUCGAACCGGAUCUUUCGGAGAUGGUGCCGCAAAGGUUGCCGGUAGUCGUCCCCGGAGCGGUUCAACUGGCAACAAAGUAGUUCGCAUGGCACCGAAUGAACGGUUCUCGCUUAAUCGGCCCUCAACGGGACAGGGCAACAAACACAAUUCACACCACCAGCAACAAGUGCCUCCUACCAGUGCAAAGACGACAGAUUCGGCGGCUCCUGGCACAUCUUCCUCCGGUGGUACCAAUGUUGCAUCAUCGACGAUCACGCAAUCAUCAUCAUCAUCAACAACAACGGCUACAGCGGCAAAGAAUGCAUCAUCGACUUCGGCGGCAACGACUUCAUCGAGUAAGAAGGCCUCGUAAAGCAAUUGUGACUGCUUUCAUGUGAGGUCGAUAAGAAACUUCCGUUGAAUGGAAGCGCGGGGGUCACGCGAAUUCGGACCUGGUCCAGUCAAAUGAGAAAAACACACUGAGAAACUCUAAUGAAUGGUUUUGUGUUGCUUUUUUACACGUCCCACUGCGGAAUCGUCGUCAUAUCGCGUAUAUUUUGCUCUUAUAUAUAUUUUAAAAUGAUUGGAAAUUGAUCACUAGGUAGAAAUUAUUGAUAUCUCUUUCUUCCUUAUUUCGUUUUUUUUUUAUUUUUCGUUUGUAACGAAUCUGAAUCUGGAUGCAACGGAAAUAUGGGAUUUGCAACUCAUUUGGGAAUGAACGAAAAAUCUAAUCGGUAGUUAAAUUUUUCUAAAAGGGUGUAGACAGAAAAUAGUAUUUAUUUCGAUUUGGCAACAUUAUUUACUUUUAUCCAACUUGGAUGACCAAUACCUUUCGAUACCCCACAAAAAAAUAAAAUCAAUUAUAAAUUCAAGAGUAUAUUUACUGCCAAACUUAUUCUUGUGCUAGAGUAAAGUAAAAUCAUAACAUUUAA